AUGCGUUCGCAAUCCGACACACGUCGCAGUACUUCAGCUUUAUUAUAUGAUGAAAAUGCUGAAACAAUCGAUGCAAUAUUAGAUCAAAAACCAUUAUUAGGUUAUACAGAUCUGAUCGAACUUGAUAAACAUGAACCGUGGUACCGUCGAAUCUACACCAGAUAUGUGAUCGCUGGAUGGGCGUUUUUCGGUUUUCUUUGUUUGUAUAUGCUUCGUGUGAAUCUAUCGGUUGCAAUUGUGGCAAUGACAGUGCCACAAGGUCCGAAAAAUGACUCAGUCGAAGCAUGUCCGUCGGAAAUGAAUGAAUCAAGCAGUCAUCCAGCAAAGCAUGGAGAUUUCCAUUGGGAUUCUGUAACUCAAGGUUAUGUCUUAGGUUCAUUUUUUUAUGGUUAUAUUCUGUCACAAUUCAUUGGAGGAAUAUUAGCUGAACGAUUUGGUGCGAAAUGGGUCUUUGGUGGUGGUUUAUUAGGUGCAGGAAUACUUACAUUACUUGCGCCAACUGCAGCGAAGAUUCAUGUUGGUUUGCUUAUUGCAAUUCGCAUUUUUAUUGGUAUACUUGAAGGUCCCGCAUUUCCGAGUGCGGGUGCAUUGUGGGGUCAAUGGAUUCCUCCUUUAGAAAGAAGUAUCAUUCCACCAAUAGCACAUUCUGGAAAAGAAGUUGGUGUCAUUGUCACAACACCAAUUGCCGGUCUUCUUUGUUCAUCUGACUUUCUUGGUGGUUGGCCAGCAGCUUUUUAUGUUUUCGGUAUCAUUACAUGUGUGUGGUUUGUAUUCUGGUGUUUCUUCGGUUACAACUCUCCUUCACAACAUCCGCGAUGUUCGGAAAAGGAACGAACUUAUAUAAUCGCCUAUCUUCCAAAACCGAAAAAGUUGAAAACUCCCUGGAAGCAUAUUUGGAAAUCUUUACCAUUUUGGUCAAUUGCUGUUGCUUCGACAUGUGUUCAAUUUGUCUAUUAUGUUCUAUUAACAUCCCUACCCAUAUAUUUCGCAAGAAUAUUAAAAUUUGAUUUGCAAAAAAAUGGUGUGAUGUUUGCAAUUCCUUAUUUCUUCAUGAUGAUCGUCAUUAUCGUCAGUGGACAAAUCGCUGAUCGCUUACGAGCACGAAAAACUUUAUCAACGACAACUGUACGAAAGUUACAAACAAUCAUUGGUGGAGUUGGUUCAUCGGCAUUUCUAGUCGCGAUUGGUUAUGUUGGAUGUAGCAAAGUCGGAGCAAUGAUUUGUAUCACAUCAGCUGUUGCCUUUAUUGGUUUCCAUUCGAGCGGUUGUCAUAUUUCACAUUUGGAUAUCGCCAGUAACUACGCAGGAACACUUGUUGGCAUUACGAACACAUUAGCAUCGAUUCCUGGCUUUGUAGGUCCUUAUGUGGUUGGAGCAAUAACGUAUGAGAAUCAAACGGUUCAUGCGUGGAAGAUUAUUUUUGAUUUAUCAGCUGGUAUUGGUCUAUUUGGAAGUUUAUUUUAUUGUAUUUUCUUUGAUGGGAAUGAACAAGAAUGGAAUCGAUAUGGUGUUGAAGAACUAAUUGAAGAUGAAUAA